AUCAAUUCUUUCCUGUAGGCCUUUAGGUCUGAUGUUCGUUGGUGUCUAGUCAAGACCUCUGGCUGGUCUUGCUGAACCCGGCCCUUGAUUUUCAUGGCUUCAUGACAGCCGAGAGCCGCGGCUGGGCCGUGACGUUUGCGUGGCUGGCUCUUCUUGCUCCAAUUUGCGCGCUGCGGCCCAGCUCCGAGGUGGAGGACGGCUUUCAGUCACUGGAGACAGCAGGCAAUGGCUCCAAGCCGGAUCGUGGCAACGCUAUACCGUGGCACCGGCAGAAGUAUAAGAAGCCCAAGAUCACCUUGUGCCCUGAGCAGCCGGUGGUGAUGGCUGCCCUGCGCUCAAUCGGCCAUGGCCCGGGCCGCGUGGCGCUCCGGAGGGGCCAGGAAAAGGACGUGUGCAAAUGGAAGAAAGUGGGCUGCCAUGGUUGCCGCGUGGAGGCCCUCUUCUUGAAAAUGGCAAAUGUGUCCGGAUCCAUCGAGGAGCUGGCCGUCAUCACCGGGCUCAAACGCUUGAACCUGCUGUACACGGGGAUCACCGGGGAUUUGCGGAUGUUGCGUAACCUCACCGAGCUCCGCUCCCUGUUCCUGGGUGGUACCAAAGUCACCGGCGACCUCGCGGCUUUGACCUCGCCGGCUUUCGAGUGCCUGGACCUUCACGGCACCAACGUGACCGGGGACCUGCGGAGCCUAAGCCACCUCAGGAGGAUGACAAGACUGCGCUUGCACCGGACCCGCGUGACGGGGGACUUGCACGCACUGCAAGAGUUCAAAAUGUUGGAGGAGCUGCGGCUGACAGAAGCUGGGGCUGUGGUAGGCCACCUGGCCGACUUGGGGAAGCUGACCAGACUGCAAACUGCCACGCUACGCGGGACCCAAGUCUCGGGCAACCUGAAAGACCUGAGCAAGCUGACGGCGCCUUGGU